CUAAAGCGGGCGUGGCCAGGGCGGUAGGCGUGGCCUGAGCCCCAGAGGAGGCGGGGCGAGUGGAAGUCGGCGCCGCGCGCAGGAGACGCGCGCGCAUCCCGAGUGAGCGCCGCGCGGAGGGACAGCGGCACCGGGGGGAGGAAGGGAGGCGGGCAGAGGACGACGGCCAAGGAACGAUGGAGGAAGAAAAGAACUCCGCCGCCGUCGCCGCCGCGGAUGGCGAGAUCGAGUACGAGGCGCUGCCGCCGAGCGUGUCUAUGGGCACGCACAUGGUGGCGGGCGCGCUGGCCGGGGUGAUGGAGCACUGCGUGAUGUACCCCGUGGACUGCGUCAAGACGCGCAUGCAGUCCCUGUUCCCGGACCCGCGCGCCGCCUACCGGAACGUGUUCCACGCGCUGCGCACCAUCGUGCGCACCGAGGGAGCGUGGCGCCCCGUGCGCGGCGUCAACGCCAUGGCGGCGGGAGCGGGCCCGGCCCACGCCCUCUACUUCGCCUGCUACGAGCACGUCAAGGCCUCGCUCAGCGGGGGGCGCAACUCGCACCUCGCCAACGGUCUGGCAGGCUGUGCCGCGACGCUGCUGCACGAUGCCACCAUGAACCCAGCCGAAGUGGUGAAGCAGCGCCUGCAGAUGUACAACUCCCCCUACGGCGGCGCCCUGGAGUGCGCGCGCCGCGUACUGCGCUCCGAGGGCCUGGCGGCCUUCUACCGCAGCUACCCCACGCAGCUGGCGCUCAACCUCCCCUUCCAGAGCCUGCACUUCGUGGCCUACGAGGCAUGCCAGGAGCGCCUGAACCCACGGCGCGACUACAGCCCCGGCUCGCACGUCGCGUCGGGGGCCGUGGCGGGCGGCCUGGCCGCGGCGCUCACCACGCCGCUCGACGUCUGCAAGACGCUGCUCAACACGCAGGAGAUGGCGCUCGUGGAGAUGGGCGUGGCCGGAGCCGGGGCCUGCGCCGGCCUCUCGUCGGCCGCCAGCGCCGCCGAGGGCUGCCGCGCCGCCGCGUAUGGCGCGGCGGCCGCGGCCGGGAAGUGGCAGCUGCAGCAGUCGGCGGCCGCCGGGCCGAGCCGCCAGCCACUCGCGACGCUGGCGGCGAGGACUACGGCCGCCGCGGCCGCCGCGGCCGCCGCCCCGGCCGGAGGUCCGGCGCCGGCCGUCCCGGCGGCUCCGCCGGGAGGCGCCGGGCUGAGCGCCCUGCUGGGCGUAGGCGCUGGACACCUGCAGCAGCAGGCGACGCAAGCAGCGCCGCUCCGCGCCUACCGCUCUGGAGAGCGCCCGGCGCCACAGCCGGCGAGAGCUCCCGGUACCGGAUCCGCGGGGGGUGCGACGUUGCGCGCCGGGAGCGCGGCGCGGCAGCAGCAGCAGCAGCAGCACUGCCGCCCGCCGCGCUACCUCACCGGGCUGGCCAUGGCGUUUCGCACGGUGUACCGGCACGGGGGGCUGCCUGCGUUCUUCCGUGGCAUGCAGGCGCGCGUGCUCUACCAGAUGCCGUCCACCGCCAUCGCGUGGUCAGUCUACGAGUUCUUCAAGCACUCCCUCAGCGAGCACUGAGCGGCGCAGGCGACGAAGAGUCGCCGGGCCAGACCGGUUCUCCGUGCCGCCUGCGGUCGGUGCCAGAGGCUGCGAUCACCGCGUCGCGCGUGGCCCGGUCUGGGUGACUUUGCGGGCGGUUGUGGCUGUGGUAGCGGUGGUUCUGGUGGUUGUGACGGGUGUGCGAUGUUUGUCACCGUCUCCUUGCUAUUGUCUGUUCCGUCUUCGUUUGUAACAGCUGGGGGUGGUGGAGCGGUGGUACAGCGGUUAACAUGUAGCACUACGAGCCCGUGGACCAGAGUUCGAUUCCCAGCCCACUGCUCACGACAGUGGCGACUGGUUUAUAUGAACCUCCCUCCCGCUCCUUCACCAACCCACGCCGACCAACCUGGUGAAGUACGCUCACGGCGUCGGGAGGCCUUAGCCCGGCAGUGGAUUGAGACGGAGGGGCCCUGUGGCUGUGCUCGUGGGGCUGCCGUGGGGCGCCUCCUGGGUGCGUCGCUGCAAGAGCUGGCUGCUUUCGGAUCGUGCCUCCAAAACUUACAACUUUAAGACUGCAUUUUAUUAUUUGUUUUGCGUAAGUUGAAAAAGCUCAAAUAUCUUAGCCAAUGUUACGAAUCGUAAUUGAGUUUUGGCUGAGGCCACGCAACGAUUUGGCCAGAUUUGUGUGGUGAGACCCUUGAUCGCCUGACACUGAUUAGCAAAGUUGCUUGGUGCGCGAGCGCUCACGUCGCUGGCGUGCGAGCCGGUGACCGGCACGCCGUGACAGCGCUCGGGCACGCGACACUCCCAUUUGUUUGGCUGUCGGGUGGUGGAGCGUCUUACGACACAAAUGUGACCAGAUAAUUAAGUGGUGGCCUAACCCAACAUCAAUUAUAACUCGUAUGUUUAUUCACAAUGAAACACAUGUACUACUACUACGUAACUACCACUACUAUAACCCUGUAGUGAUGAUAGUCAUGGAGCUGUACUCAAGGAUGAUGUCGUUAUUGUUUGGGGUGAUUUCCUAAACUCAUUUAAUGUGCGCACAUGGUGAACACAACGUACACAACAACUUACAUAACACAUAACGUACAAGACUUACACAACGUACAAAAAGUACACAGCAACAUACACAACAAGCAAAAUAUACUCAAACACAAAAACCACAACAAUGUACACAACAAACACAACCACAACAAUGUACACAACGUACACAGUAAACACAACAACCACAAUGUACACAACAACGCACAAACUGAGCCUAACCUGAAAUGUUAUCCUAAAUCCUGCUCAGACAGGAGCAGGCCUGACCCUAACCCCAACCCUCAUCAAAACUUAACCCUCACCCCUAACUCUCGCCCAACUCCUAGAGUAACCCGAAUGCUCACGCCAACUGUAGCCGACACAUGAACUCUGAUUACAGCCAUGAGUCAAACCUGACCCUGACUCCACGCCCUAACCCCUGACUGAUGCUGACCCAUGCUUUAACCAUGGCUCGACCCGUAUCAUGACUUUAACUCUGACCCCUAACCCUGGCCCCUAACCCUGGCCAUGACUUCUAACCCUGCUGGGGUCGGGGACGCAGAACCACAAAUGUGGAGGGAGGGAGGGAGGGGGGCACUCAGAUUGCUGAACUGAGCUGUAACGCGCACAACCGCGAGGGCGUUUUAACGACGCACUCAGCGUUUUAAGUCGAUGUUUUUGGAGCAUUUUGUUUGAAUAUGUAAGAUUUGACACCUUAGCCCCUGUGUGUGCCAGUGUAUGUGUAUCUGUGUGCGUCUCUGUGUACGUCCUUUGUGUAGGGAGUGGUAGUCUGGCGGUUAGCGCGCUGUGCUACGAACCCAACAACCCGAGUUCGAAUCCUGCUCACGUCCAACACCAGUGACAAUUAUCUGAACUGGUUCUGGGCCUCCCCAGGUAGACUCGGCCAUAAAUUAGUAGUAUUUGGUGCGGUGUGUCAACAUCAGCACUGGAGAGACAAAGGCAGCCGGGCGUGGUGUUGGCCACCCACCCCCGAGUCCACCGUGCCAUCCUUCAUAGGCACUGCUCGCUAACAGCACUUGCCCCAACAGCCUGUUAAGGCUACAGGGUGGAUCUUUGUAUUGGUGUGAGCCUUCAUGGUGGCCUUGUCUGGUGAUUGCGUCUGGAGAGACGCGGGGUGCCACAGAUGUUGCCGUGGCCACCGCUCGGCUCGGUGUGACCGCUGUCCUGAGCUGUGGCCGCUGUCCCGAGCUGUGACCGCUGUCCCGAGCUGUGGCCGCUGUCCCGAGCUGUGGCCGCUGUCCCGAGCUGUAGCGCCCCCUCCCCACUCUCCGACCGCCGCCCGCGACUUGAAUUUUUUUUUUCGAAACCAAAUAUCCACAAGCAGACGUGACCCUCCUUAUCAGGGGUCCUGAGACAACUUACAAAGGACUCCACACCUUCGUUUUGGCAGAGCGAUGUUACUACGUUGCUCAUUGUAUUGACGAAGUGGUAAUGGAUUUUAGAGGGAGAGGCUGGUCGUGAGAAUAGUUCGGGGAUCCCCGCGCUGAGCGUCCUUGCGAGCGGUAGUUCGGUUCGUGUGGCCGUGCCAGGUUGGGGAGGGACCUGUGGCAGAGACGUGGCUCGGCCCAAUAAAUGGAUUAAGACUCGGAGGGUGAUCGUGUGAAUGGCUGCGCGCUCAUCGGAGAGAGGGAGGGAGGAAGGAUCCGCGGUUCGUCUUGCGGCGUCGCCCGGCGGAGCACUUUGAGUUCGUGAAGUCCGCAGGGCGAGUUCCGCAUUGCUCGGCUGUCACCAGCAAGGCGUGGAAUUGGUGUUCACCGUGGGCUCGUGAGCGUUCGAUGUCACUGGGACUCGUCAGCAGUGUCGGGCGCGUGUGCCGUGUUGCGUCGCGAUGAUGCUCAGGAGCGUGGCUCGCCGAGGGCGCGGUGGCCGCUGGACAAGCACGCGGCCUUGGUCUGCGAUGAAGUCUCGGUGGGGGGUGGCGGCGACUUCGUCCAGCAGCGGAUCGAGCGGGCGGCUGAAUGCAGCAAGUUGGCACAGACAGGGACACAGGUGGUGCAUCUGCCAGCCAUCUCAUUCAACCAAUGGCACCUGGGUCUGUCCCGUGAACUGCCAGGGAGCCUUCGACGCUUCGCGUGGCCUCGGAGUGCACCUAGCAUGGCACAACCGCCGUGGUGACGUCACCACCACUUGGCGGCUGCGGUGGUGUACUUGUGUUCACGUCUGUGUGUGUGUCUAUACGUGAGUGUGUGGACGUGUCUGUGUAUUUGGCUGAUCGCCACGUGCUGAUGCUGCUGCUGUUGUUGAUGCAGGCCUCGUCACUCGCUCUCGUCUCGCGCUGACGCCUUCAGCCUAAACACUCGCAUCACUCACUCACUCGCGCUCGAACAAACACAACGAUCCCCACCCCCCGUGUCGCCUUUAACAAACAGUCCGGGCAAAUGGUGGUGAUGUGGCUGGUGGUGCUGAUGACGGUGAUGACGGCGAUAUUGAUUAUGCUGAUGUGUUGAUCGUGUUGGUAGUGAUGUUGGUGAUGGUAGUGAUGUUGGUGAUGGUAGUGAUGUUGAGUCUGAAGGUAUCCCGAUGGAUGAAGCCUCGCGCCACGCUCAGCCGCGAAGUCUGAAGAUUGGGGCCCAAUUUUGGGAGCAGCCCCUCCCCCACUUCCCAGGGGGUGGGGGCUUGAGGGAUGAACGCAGCUCGAUUCACCGCGCGCCUCGCCGGGUUGGUUCGUGACCGAUUCCCAUGGAGCCCAGCAUCCCAAAGUGGCAGGACCCUCACGAUAAAGAGUCUCCAGACUCGGUGAGGCUUUCCCGGGAAAAUAAAACCAUUAUGAUUAUUCCCAUUGUGGUGAUAAUAUUUAUCAUCCAGCAGUCAUGGUCAAACCGCAGCCAGAUGAAGGCCGGCCUCCGCCCCCCAAAACCGCCGCCACCUCUCCCGAUCUUGCGACGCUACGAUGCGCUGACCCCGGGGUAUGGCGAAUCGGUACGGACGCCCUGGGCCCCGCUCCUUCGAGGCAGGGGGGGGCGCGCUUUGGCGUCACGGUGUUUGAUAUCAGGCGCUGGGGGGCCCCACACCCCCCUCCCCAUGAAGGGUUCUGCCUCCUGGACGCGUUCCGUCCCUUGGCUGCCGCUCCGUGGCUGUGCUCGGCCAUCGUCCCGGAGUCCGGUCAAGGUGAUGUCAUUAAGGCUGCGUGUGAACGCCGUCGUCGCAGGAUUAUACAACACGGUAUGCUCACCAUCUUGCCAAUAAACACCUGGGAUACAAA